CCCUACCACCGUGUAAACAGAUAUCAACGCGGUCCGCUGUCGCGGUCGGGGUUACCGUAGAAAAACAACACUGAUUAUAAAAUGCCACUGAUCAGUCGCGUCGGGUUUACGGGACCUACAAUACACACACAUAUAUAUAUAUAUAUAUAUAUGUGUAUAUAUAUGUAUUGUAUACAUACGCGGAUAUAUUAUAAAUACAGAGCCUCCGAAGCUCCGACACAGUGACAAUAACGAUAAUAACGAUGUGAUUUCGGCUCGGGGACGUGAAUUUAACAGCUAUAUAUAAAUAUAUAUAUAUAUAUAUCUAUAUAUAUAUAUAUCUAUGUAUAGUUGUUUGACAAUAUUUCGCUUCGUAAUUCCUUUUUUUUUUUUUCUGUCGGUUCUCGCGGCGUUUCAAAAAUGAAAGGCAAAGACACUGCAGGUAUGAAUGCGAUUUCGCGUACCAUAAUAAUUACUAUUGUACCUAAAUUACUAUAGCCGCGGAAAAAAUCCAACGCACCAUUUGUGUACGUUUGUGCCUGCCAAAACGCGCAUCACUGAAUGAAAAUACAUUUUUUUUUUUUUUUUUUAUGUUAUCAGAUUAUGCAGUUUCAAAAAGUCUCAUCGCACAAUCCGUGAACUUAGACGAGGCGAUCGAACUGACCGGUAAGUUCGCGGAAAUUAUUUUUGAGAAAGUUUUUUACCGGGGCCCGGGAAAAGGGAGGGACGGGGGGCCAGAGCGCCGGUUCAUUUGUACAUGUUUGAUAAAGAGUAUUAUGCUUUGUUCCGCCCGGCUAAAAAUUCUUUAAAAUUAACUAUUUACAAACAAACAACGUGAAAUAAUAAUUCAACUCGCGACUCACAACUUAUACGUGCGCGGAUUUAGGAAUCUUGAAAAUUCCGCAGAUUGUAUGGGUAUCGUAUUUUAAUUAAACCCGUUUUAAGUUCAAAUUUUAACGAAAAUCGUAAAAAUAAUUCGGCGUUUCUCGCGUUAAUUUUUGAUUUAUGCGAGUGUAGUUUUUUAGUCAAGUAAAAAUGUUCGACAACUUAACACGAGGUUCAAAAUUUUUAUUUGACCGUUAAAAAAAAAAAUCCACGCGUAAUAUAGAAGUUUUUUUUUUAUACCUAUGCGUUUUAAGCUCAAAUGUUUUUUUUUUUUUUUUUUUUGUUUGCUUUCUCUCGAGAAAGAGACAAUUGCUGUGUCUAUAAUAUCCGUUACCUGUGUGUACACACAUAAUAUGUAUUAGAUACGCAUAUCUUUUGCUCGCAACUUAUGUAUACUUUAAGCGGCUUUCCUCUGGAUCAAUUAAGUUUAAACUCGAAAAUAAGAGUUGUUCUGUAGAAGGAUUGAAAAGGAUUAAUGUUGGGUUGAAUUUCAAUAUGAAUUUCACCAAGUUGUUAUAGAAGGAGGAGUUUUGUUUAGCUUUGAACAUUCCUACAGUCUACAGACUCUCACCUCGAAUGAAUCUAAAGGAUUGUAAUUUUGUAUAAAUAUAAUAUGCAUGUCGUUAAUAUUUCGCGAUACAGUAAUUAUGAAUUGAUGAUUGACGAACAAUUUGUUUUUUGAACAAAAUAUAUUUUUGUUCUUGGCUCAUUUUAGAUUCUGAAUGCAGCGAAGAAUGUAUUGGUUUUAUAAAGGUUUUUAUUAUUUUUUUUUUUUAUGUGAACACUUUUUACCAGAAAGCUUACUCCGAUAGACCUUUUUCUGAAAGGAAAUUUUCUUGGGGUGGAACUUGAAGGAAGUCAUUUUUUUGAUUUUCUUGGCAGUUUUCCCAAUAAAAGGGAAAAAGUGAGAUAAAAUGUGAAAAUUUACGAAGUAUAUUAGUAAAAUAUUAUGGUUUUUUUGUUUUUGUGGAAAACUUUUCUAUUACCAAUUUUGCUCCGAUCUUUAAUGAUGGUAUUUUUGUCUAAAAGAAAAUCUGACUGGAGAGAGACUUUAGGAAAGUUAUUUUUCGAUUUUUUCGAAUUUUACCAGAAAAUAUGAAAAACCGAGUAUGUGCGUUUUUUUAAAUUUUAAUUUCAUCAUACUAUUACAUUUUAUUAUAAUAUACGGAGUGAUUCAUUGAGCAUGCUUAGGGCUCACUUCAUUUUCAUCGUUCCUUUUUGCAUAUAUUCAAAAUUUAAUAUUUGGGAUUUUUAAGUGAAGCCGAUAUUUUCAAAUACUUAGAUUAUUCAUAAAAUUUAGGAAGUAUCAUAUAUAGAGAGUGUUUUUCAAAUGUCAACCUACAUGUUUGAUUACAAAUCGUAAAUAAUAUAAUAUUUCUGAAAACGUUGACAUAUGUAAACGAAAUUUGUGUUUCUGAAUUAUUCUGCUAUAGAAUACUAAGGUGUAAAAAGCAUUAUUUGUGUGGCAGCACGGCGAGCGGCGUUUUCAAAGCGCUUCACUACUUUUCUCCUACUUAAACUUAAAAGUGGAAUAUCUCGUGAUCGUGUUGAUGGGAAUCAAAAACUUUAACAUCAACAUUUAUUUUAUCUAUUAUUUACAUAUUUAUGGAAUUUUUAGUUUAGGUUCACAUUUGAAAAACCAAAGUUGUCACAUGAUGCACCUUAAAUCUAAAUCUAAGCAUUCGAAAAUAUCAUCUUUAACUGUACACUAAAAAAAUUCCAAAAAUCAGAAUAUUAAUACAUACACAAUUAAACUAUGAAAACGCGGUGAGCAUGCUUAAUGAAUCUUCUUGUAUACGAGACAUGAGGUAGUAUUUGAUUUAAACUGUUAAAAUAUUGUGUUACUGACAGUUUAUAAUAUUUUGAUCAUUGAUAGACGUAUUACGUAUACAUGUUUUUUGCUAAUCGAUUGCCGAACAACAAAUUACGAAACAAAUUUUUUUUUCGUCUAACAUUUUCAGAUCGUAAUACUAAAUACAUAGAGUAGAUAAUAUUAUAUUCGUUGGGAACUAAUUUUUAGUCAAUCAUGUACAAUUAUGUUAACUAUAUUUUUGGCUUAUAUUUAGAUAUUUUUAUUUGCGUAGAUAACAUAGAGAAAAUCACGUGGUGGUAUUAACUCAAAUGAUUUAAUAAAAACUGAGUUCCGAUCUUCUUAGUUACUAUAGUAUCGAAUAAACCUAGACUUAGUGAUAUGGAUAAGUCAUAAAUGUAUCUGAGAAAAAAAAACCUAUUAAUUGAAUUUACUUUAUCGCAUUUUACACCUAACUCAAAUUAUGAGUUCGCUUACAAAUCGAAUGAAUGGUUAAUUACGAAUUAUUGACAUGUGGUAUUUAAGAGACAAACAUAAUACCCAUCGAUCAAAAUGAGUGCAGUAAAUUGAAGUGUUGUGGCAAAGUAAAAUAAUAUCAUAUUAUGUGAGGUUGUGAUGUUAAGUAAUGUGCAAUUUUAAUAUAGGUGCGUACAUAAAUGAUCAGUAGAAUAUGAGUAAUAUAUACAAAUGUAUAGUACACAAUAUACAUUGAAUAUUUUAAUAUUUUUGUUGUUAGAGGUUUUAACAAUAAUUGAUUUUUGUGAACAUAAACAUAAAUUGAAAACUGUAUUAAUUUGUAAUAAAACAAAUUGUAAUUGUCUUUAAUUUCGUUUUAAAUUUGUACACAUUUUUUAUAGAGUCAAAAAUUUUGUCCACAUAAUUUUGAAAAUAGUUCGCGAAUUGCCAUGAUUUUUACGAUUUUCAUCAAAAUUUUAAUUGUAAAUGUUUCUAUAGUUGUAUAGUACCAGAGGAACAAAUUAUGAUGAACCAUAUAUCAAUUUUUCAAAUAUUUGAAAAAACAAAAAAAUGUUUAUCUACAAAAAUCUAAAUAAAAACUAAAAAGUUUCAAACGAUUAUAAAUACUUCAAAAGUCGUUAGAAUGUUUUGAACGCUGUACCACGUUUAGAUAAAAAAUAUACUUUAAGUAUUUUGUAAAAAUGUCAGAUUUGUACGUUUCUUUUAGCGCAUCGCAAUAAAACAAAAAAUAACAGGAAACUUUAUGGGGAUAACGAGCAUAAAUGUUUCUGAUUUUCUGACGUUUUUUCCCAAUCAUUGAAAACUAAAAGUGAAAUCAAAAAUUGAAUCUAAUUUCACCAACUAUCUACCAGAAACCAUUCCUGAACUUAAUAAUCGGAACAAGAUUUCUGGUGGGAAAGUAGUUCCACAAUCAGAAAAAUGAAUACGCAUCGUUGUAAAACUAAUGUAUUUCUCACUACGCUCAGAAUCUAAACAAGUGUAUAAUUAAAAUCAUGGGUAGUCACACAUAUAAUCAGGCACGUAACCAAAAGUGGGGGUAUAUUAGAUUACAACCGUCAAUCCGUGAGUCCCAUGAGUUUUUGAACACUUUUUUAAAAAAUAUUAAAAAUACAUAAUAUGUUUUAUUUUUUGACAACAUUCUUUCAUAAGAAGGCUAUAUAAGUUGACUAAGCAAAUUUGCGAACCUCCAUCCCCCAUGAGUUAAUUAUGGCUACGAGCUUAAUUAAAACUGAAUAAUUAUUUUCGUACUGAAAUCGAUAAUAAUUAAUAGGUGUAUACAAUUUGUAUAUGUCAUCAGGUUUUGGAAAAUGUCAGUACUACAUGUUGUUCGUAAGCUGUAUGUUUUUCAUGUCGUCUGCCAUUAGUUUGACGUCGGUGUCUUUCAUAAUGCUGGCGGCCCAAUGUGACUUUAAAAUGAUGUCCGUACACAAAGGCCUGUUAAACGGAGCUUCGAUGAUCGGUAAGUACCUAUACACGAACGUCGUACAUACACCCUAAAAUCUCGCGAUACGAAAAUAAUUCAGGUGUGUCACCUAACCAUGGUACAGGAUGAGUUUGUCAGUAUUUAUUUUAUACUGAAUUGCAGGAAUAUUUUUUGGAUCAUUUACUUGGGGCUACGUGGCAGAUACCAAAGGCAGGAAAUUUGUGUUGAUCACUUGUAUGCUGAUAGACGGUGUCUUCAACGUCAUAGCCGGUGUAUCUCAGAUUUAUCCAGUGUUGGUGUUCUGUAGACUAAUGAGCGGAUUCGGGUAAACAUAUAGUAAAAAAUAAUAUCAUACUCGCAAUAUACCUAUUAGGGUGGUCCUUAUUUUUCGCUUGUGAUUUUUUUCAGGUUACCCCCCCUAAAAAGGUUCGAUUACUAAAAAAAACGCUACAAAAAAAGUUUCAGGCAAAUUCAUUAAUAUUAACCCGUUCCACAACAGCUCUAAAUUUACAAAAAUUAAAUUUUUUUUUAAUAUAACUCCAGGAAAAAAAUACUUACAAAAAAUUUGUUAAAAUAUAAAUGAUAGAACACUACAUUUUAUACAAUUUGUUUCAUAUAUAAUAUUUUGCAAAUAUAUUAUUUUUUCAAAUAUUUUAAUUACAAGAUAAAAACAAGAAUAAUCUUAAACAUUUUAAUAUUUAAGGCAACUUAAAAUACAACUAAUAAUUAUUUAUAAUAAAAAUUUACAAUUAUAAUAACAUUGUUACCUAAUUAUUUUAUCUAUAAUAUAUUUUAAUUAUGAAUGAUAAAACCAAAUUAUUGUGAUAGUGCAGUAAGUGUUUCUUUUUUGUGGUCAGGAUAUUUUUUCCGGUAAUCACUAACAACUUGUAGAAGGUAUUGUUUUUGAGAUUCGUUUUUGGUAAUAUUGUCAUUAUAGUCCUCUAUAAGUUUUAAUCCCCUUUCUGCUACAUCGUUUAUUACUGGAAUAUUUUUUUUAUAACUAACAAAGCUUUAGAAUAGUCUUCAUUAUUUUCCCAAUUAAUUGGAUCUUCAUUCAAAAAAAUGGUGUUGAUGGAAAAUCUUUUAAAUAGUGUUUUAGUAUUACCACAUAUAAAAUCAUCGAUUUCCAUUUCUAAUAACUCAUUUGCAUUUUUUGGCGAUAUAGUUAAACGUUGUGCAUUUGAAAUUAAUUCUGAUGAACUUUCGUCGUUUUUUAGAGCAUGAGCCAUUUUUCUUUUUAUCUCCAGUGGCACAGCUUCAUCGAAAAAAUUGUACUAUAUCCAAUUAAAAAAAUAUAUUUCGACUCACGUAAACUAUCCCUGGUAAUCAUUGUAAGUCACUAAAAUAAAAUGUAUGACGUACAAAAUUUGAAAAUUUAAUACUCAACAAUUUUAGUGUGACACUGGUUGUUGUAGUAAGUCAACUGAGAAAUUAAUCAAUAAAUCGCAAAAUGACUACAAUGACAUGAUAUAUCCGAUAACAUAUAAGUAUAGAUUGUAAUAAUGUGUGAUGUAGAGAAUAAAGAAUGUAGAUAAUAUAUUAUUUGAUUGUCUGAGUCAUAAAAAUAAUCUUUAGGUAAUAAUCGCAAAAUAUGGGUACUGGGUAAAGUGCAUAUUAUUUAUUUGUGCAAUCGACCGAUAGCCGAUAAUGAUUAUGAUUUUUUUUUUUUGACCUUUUAGUUCAAAUAUUUAAAAAAGCUUUAAAUUUAUAAUAUAAAUUAUAGAAAACAAACUAUUGUAAAUUUAGUUUUCUUUAAUUUAUAAUCUAAAGAAUUUAUCGUGAGAUUCUUUUCUCUAGAGUUAUGUUGGUUUUAUAACAAAAACUUAACGAUUUUGAAAAAUUUUCUAUAUUUGUAACUUCAGAGCUGUUGUGACACGGGUUAAAUUUAUUUGAUUUGUCUAAAACUUUAUUUAUAUCAUUAUUUUUAGUAAUGGAACUUAUUAGGGGGGAGUAAUUUGAAAAAUUUGGUNUAGAAACUGCGUAUUUUUUUCCAUUUGCACUUUUUCUAUAUUCUAAUUUUUGUAAAUUUCUCCACUCUUUGUAUAAACCUUCCAGUUUGUUCACACACUUUUGUUCUGUUCUCGUUGGUAUGCGUGCCUUCCGCCAAAAAAUGAUUGUUUCUUGUAUCACUAAUGUAGCACUUUGAUGCAAAUUUAAGUUUACUUCACGCAUAUUAAAAAAUAGUACCAACAAAACUUGUUUGUUUGAUGGUAAUUUACUACCAACAAUUUGAUUUGUACUAUAUCCAAUCAAAAAAAUAUACUUCGACUCACGUAAACUAUCCCUGGUAACUAUUGUAAGUCAGUAAAAUAAAAUGUAUGACGUACAAAAUUUGAAAAUUUAAUGCUCAACAAUUUUAGUGUGACAGUGGUUGUUGUAGUACGUCAACUGAUAAAUUAAUCAAUAAAUCGCAAAAUGACUACAAUGACAUGAUAUAUCCGAUAACAUAUAAGUAUAGAUUAUAAUAAUGCGUGAUGUAGAGAAUAAAGAAUGUAGUUAAUAUAUUAUUUAAUUGUCCGAGUCAUAAAAAUAAUCUUUAGGUAAUAAUCGCAAAAUAUGGGUACUGGGUAUUUGUGCAAUUGACCGAUAGCCGAUAAUGAUUAUGAUUUUUUUUUUUUGACCUUUUAGUUCAAAUAUUUAAAAAAGCUUUAAAUNACUUCAGAGCUGUUGUGACACGGGUUAAAUUUAUUUGAUUUGUCUAAAACUUUAUUUAUAUCAUUAUUUUUAGUAAUGGAACUUAUUAGGGGGAGUAAUUUGAAAAAUUUGGUUAUUUUUUUUCAUACAUAAUAGAGGACCACCCUAUUACCUAUACCAUAAAUAAAUUAAAAAUCAUUCCUAACGAUAAACGAUAUUGAACAAAGUUUUGAUUAAAUAGGUUUUAAAAUGCCGUGAUUUGAACUUAAAAUGCUUAUAUUAAAAAUAACUACAUAACUCUCAAUUUUUUUUAUCACUAAGUAUAAUUUAUGAUGAAACAAGUUUUAGUAAACAGGUAUUAUUUACUAAAUAUCAUAUGUUAUAUUUAUAAUAAUAAUAAUUCGUGUUUUCCAUUAGAAUAAAACAGCGUUUGAUUUUUUUUACAUACAGAGUGGCUGGUGGUACAGUGGUUUAUUUGUACCUCGGAGAGUUCCUGAGCAUUAAAAUUCGGGAGAAAUAUCUAUGCUGGGCAGAGUUGUUUUGGACAUUUGGUAUUAUACUACUUCCAUGUAAGUAUUACAUCAAAAUCCGUGUAUGAUUUCGACGAUUUAAAACUUCAACUCGAUGUAAACGCAUUCGUAAAAUAACAAACUGAAACGAAAAUAAAUGUUCGGUGGGUUGCAGGAGUCCAAUUAGUUAGUUUUAAUAAACUUCUAGACGUUACGAAAUAGAUGACGCCUCGAGUUUAAUGUAAAUACAAAUUUAGAGACGUGUUUUUACAGGUAUAGCGUGGCUAAUCAUACCACUGACGUUCCGAAUCGAAUAUGGAUUCUUUUUGUUUAGAUCGUGGAAUUUAUUUACAAUUGUUUGCGCCCUACCCAGUAUAAUAUCAGCGUGCUUGUUAAUGAAGUUUCCAGAAACUCCAAAGUUCUUACUUGUCAUGGGUAAACACGACGAAACCAUCGCUUGCUUGAAGUUCAUCUACAGGUUGAAUAAUAAUGGCUCUGACGACAAAUUUCCCGUGAGUUUAUAUUUCUUCUUUUUAUAAGGGUUAUCGAUCACUAUGGCCAUAUCGACGCAUAUCCAAUUUUCCAAUUCUCUCUGUCAAAUGAUUUUAUUUUCCGGUUCAGACCCACCUUAAAUGUCAAGUGAUAAUAACUUUUUUAAGGGCAUUGGAAAUACAAAUUUAUCUGCGUGAUAGCCCGGCAUCCGCUGCUUCGGAUACGGAGAACAAGUGGUUAUUUGGUAAAACGAUAAGUAGAAAAAAAAAGGUUAACUAUUAUACAAUCAAAAUAAAUAAAUUUGAUCUUGGAUAAUCAGUAUGUUUUUACCACGUUCAAUAAUAUUUGUUUAAUAUUAUACCUAUUUUCCCGUUUUUUUUUUUUUAUGGUUUUCCCAUGUUUUCCCCUGGUUUUUCCUACUUAUUGGGAAAAUCAAAAAAAGACCUCCCUAAAGUACCUUUCCAGUCAGAUUUCUUUUUAGAAAAAGUGUAAUCAUUGUAAGUUGGAGCAAAAUUGCUAGUAGAAAAAAUGUUCACAAGAAAAAAAAGGCUGUAAUAUUUUUAUCAACUAGUACCUAUAUUUCGUACAUUUUCCAGUUUUCCCUUCGUUUUUCGCAGAUUUUCUUUUUUAGUAAUAUUAAUCAACAAUAAUAAUAAUCAUAAACAAUUAUCAAAAUUAGCAUUUCAAUAAAAUAAUCAACAAUAAUCAUAAUCAUGAUUUAAAUAAGCUUUAAUAAUAAUAAUAAUGAGCAUAAUAACAAUAAAAUCAACAUCAUAUCAAUACUUUUAAUAAUAUAAAUUAACAAUAAUAAUAAUCAGUAUACCUGUAAAAACUAUCAAUCAUAAUAAUAAUCAUCAACAAAAGUCAUAAUCGGCAUUUUAAUAAAAUAACCAACAAUAAUCAUAAUCACCAUUUUUAUAAGAAGCAUAUCAGGUAACAAUAAAAACGAUAAUCAUUUCAAUAAUAAUAAUAAUAAUUUUUUUGUAUUAAUAUGAUAAUCAUUGAAAUACGAUGAUUAUUAUUAUCAUUGAAGAUUAUUCUUAUACAAAUGGUGAUGAUUAUUAUUAAAACUUUGAUUAUAUUUAUUGUUGAUUGUUAUUAUUGUUAAGUAAUAUUAUUAAAAGUAUUAAUGAUUGUUAUGAUGCUGAUUUGAUUAUUAUUAUUAAUGUGUUCAUUAUUACUAAUAGUUUACUUAUAAUUUAUAAUAUGCUGAUUAUUAUUAUUGAUGAUUGUGAUUAUAAAUUUUAUAAUGUUCAUUGUUAUUAUUAUUUUUAUUAUUAUUAGUAUGGCUUGUUACCAUUACCCUUAUUAAAAUUAUGAGUGCGAUUAUUUUUGGUUAUUUUAUUAAAAUGCUUAUUAUUUUGUUGAUGAUUGUUAUUAUUAUUGAUAGUUGUUAAAGGUAUGCUGAAUAUUAUUGAUUAAUAUUAUUAAAAAUAUUGUUGAUUAUUAUGAUGCUGGUUACAUUAUUAUUAUUAAAAUGCUUAUUAUCAUUAUUGGUGAUUAUUAUUAUUAUUAUUUUUCCCAUGAUUAUUAUGUUUAUUGCUAGUAGACAAGUUAUCUACAAAAAAAAAAAAAAAAAAAAUAACAUAAAUUUAACUAACAUAAACCAUAAAUUUCUUCCACUCAAAAUGUAAAACAAAAUUUAAAAUUAUAAAAGCAUUAUUUUCGUAAAUUUUCCCGUUUUUCUACAUUUUUUAAAUUUAUUAUGAAAACUCCUGGGAAAAUCCAAAAUUUACCUCCCUAAAGUAUCGUCUCAGGAAAAUCCCCUUUUAGAAAAUUUGCUGUACCCAGUAUAAAAAAAUAAAUAUUGUAAAACCAAUACAUUCCUUGCUCCAAUCAGAAUCUAAAAUAAGAUGUUCUUAAUUUCUUAUAUUGAAGUUUGACAAUGUGUCAAUUCACUCUAAUAUUAAAAACCUGUCUUAGGAUAAUGGACAUGGGUGCAGCUACUGUUAUAGGUGAGAAGUAGGAGUAAAUGAAAAAUGUAAUGUAUAUCUGUAAGUAACGAUAAACCACUGCUAACGAAAAAACGAUUUUGAGCGUAGUUCAGUUAAUAGGGUUGCUUUGUCAACAGUAUAAAUGUAAUAUUAUGGUAAAAUAAUUACAUAUCCAUUAAACAUUUACUUUAAUAAUAUUUGUACCUAUUUUCCCGUUCUCCUGUUUUUUUCUGUUUUCUCCAAUAUAUUAAGAAAACUUCUGAGAAAAUCAAAAAAAUGACCUCCUUUCAGAAAAUCGGACUGGGGAUAUUCAAUAUAAAAUAUUAAUUUAAUUAAUAAUACUUAUAUUUUAUAGUUUAUAACUAUAACUAUAACUAUAAAGUUUAUAACUUGUAAAUAAGUGUUCUCCUUCAAACUUCAAUAAUGAUCCGUAUCUGCUUGAUGAAAAAUAAAUAAAUAAAUGGCAAUUAUUAAGCUAUUCGACGAUAAUAUGUAAAUAUAAAAUAAAAUCUACAUGGGUCGACAAGGAAAAUUACCAGUUUUGGUAGUUUUAGUUUACUACCAUAAUAAUAUGAUAUCCAUUCUGUAUUGUAUAAUAAUUUCUAAUAAUAUGAUGUGUUGUAACACAUUUAUACGUAUUUUACGUAUUUGUUUAUUUUUUACAUUAUGUGUGUACCCUAACAUUUUUUCUAAGGGGGCACACACGGCUGAGGCCCGGUCGGAUAUGCCCAAAUUGCCCGGGUGUUAGAUCCGCCACUGAAUUUAGGGGCUUAACCCAUUAGACCCAUGGUGGAGGGAUGCUUACAAAUUUUUGCUCUACGUCGCCAAUGGCUUAACACUGUUUUGAUCAGGUGGCUCAAUGUUUGUUUUUUUAUUUGUAUAUAUUGAUACAGAUUCUUCUUAAUCUUAUUUUUUGCAGGUGCUCUAUUAAUGCAGUUUGUGCUUAAACACAGUUUGUAUUUCUUCUAGGUGACUUCCGUGGUGCAGCUGGAUAAUACGACUUUACACGUACCCAGCAAAGGAUUUUUUAGCGGACUGUACGGCAGUGUGGUUGGGCUGUUCAAGUCCAAAUACAGAUCCACGGCCAUUAUAACGUUCAUCAUACAUUUCUGUGGCAAUGCUAGGUAGUUAUCUGACAAUCGAACGUAUUAUUGUUUUAAUACAACCAUAUUAGACGCUAACAACACGCCGAUCAUUUGUUUUUAAAAUAUGCGUUUUUAUUAGUUAUUAUUACGAUUAAAAUGUUCAUAAUUAUAAUCUAAACAACUGAAAAAUAUCUUAACACACUAUUAUAUACAUUCAUUUCUAGUUAAACCUAAUUUAAAUACGUGCUUGAUGAUAAUAGGUGUACAUUGUAAUAAUAAGAAUUUUAUAUCGUAUUUCUUAAAAAUGUAAAUUUAUUUAAAACAUUUUAAUGAAAAAUUAUUUAUUGUGAAAAACAAACCUAUAAACGAAUGCAAAAAAUUGUUUGACGGUUGAUCUCUGACAUUCGGAUCUGGGAUAAUUUCAAAGCAUUAUUAAAUUGUUUAUAUACAUUUGUUCGUAAUGAGACUUCUCAAUACAUUUUCAUGUAAAUUAUCUUCUUAGUGUUGGUCAAAAAAUAGGAAUAUACCGAUAUUCGUUCUUUUGAGUGGCUAUAAAAUUGGAAAAUAUAAGUAGCAUUUUUAAAUAUUUCGAUUAUUUUUCAUAUACCCGUAAAUUAGAUUGACUUCUAAAUCAUUAGAAUAAUAUGUGUUAUAUAUAAUAAUACACAAAUAUGUGUAUAUACAAAUAUAAAUUAUGAAUUAUAAUUAUAUAUUUGUAUCUAAAAUGUCUAAAACGUUGCUCUUCUUCUUUUUUUCUUCCUCUUUACCGUUGUUCCACAUAUCAGGACGUGCGAGACUAAUUAUUUACUAUACUUUAUUUUAUUGUUACCAUCCAUAUCUCCUUAUCGAAAAUUAUUUCCUCAUCUACUAUACACAUGUCAUAUUUCCACAAUCAUGUUUUUCACUUUUCUCUAAUAGUUUUCAAUUUAAUUUAGUUAACUUAUCUUCAUUUAUCGAUCUUCAUUGUUUAAUUCUUGACGAGAAACUAACUUUUUGACUAUAUUUCAUUGUCAAAACACGCCCGUAUACUAUUCUCUCUCAUUUUUGUUUGUUCCUAACUACCUAUUCCUACUAUUCCUUGACUACUUAUAAUAAUAUUAUAAUAUAUAUCCAUUCUUAAUCAUCUGUCCAACCAUAACACACAAUAUAUCCAAUAUUCACCUUAAUAUUAUUAUCGUUCCUUUUAUUUUUAUUUCAUAUUUAUUUUAUUUAAUGCCUAACACUCAAUCUAAGAACUAAAAUACAUAUUAGUUCGUGAUUUAGAUCCAUACAUCAUAUAAACAGAAAAAUCAUAAACGUUCUAAACCACAAUAUUUAUGUAAUAACUUGUAUUAAAAUUUUUAAUUGUAAAUUGUUUUUGUACAGUUACUACAUGAUGACAUUGUGGUUUCCGGAGCUGAUAAAUAGGUUUCGGCUGUACGAAACGUCGAAAAUCGCGGUGCCUCAAAACGAGAAAUCUAUGUGUGAAAUCGUGUCCAUGUUUAAGGUGAUACCGGAGAAAACUAAGAUGAAAUGUAUCGAUUACAUAGAGAAUUCCGUCUACAUGAACAUAUUAAUCAUUGGCGUGGCUUGUUUACCGUCGAGUAUCAUCGUUCCAUUAUUUGUCAGCAAAUUUGGAAUCAGGUUUUUUUUAGGUUCAAAAUUUUUUAGACAUUUUCAUUUUCAUUUGCAUGCGAUAAUUUUUCAAUUGGGUUUUCGUGUACAAAGAACGGACGACGUGAUAUUUUCAAAUGUAUCCGGUUUUUUACAAUUUAUUAUUUUUUAAAAGAUUAUUAUUGCCAUCUCCCAUCGAGUAAACUAUAUUCGCUAUAGGUUUUGCAGGUUUUAAAAGCGAUCCAUAAACACAUUUACGAAAUUAUGAUUUGGAAUAUUCCAUGAAUACAACAGUAAAGUAAAUAGAAUUUAGAUUAUUUUAUUAUGAUAGUUACGUAAAGUAAAUAGAGUUUAUCUAACCGUGUUAGCGAGUUUACCAAACAUGUUUUUUUUCCAAUUUAUUAUAUUUGUUUUAAUUUUUGUUGAUGAUUUUAAAAACAUCAAUUUCAUAGUAAAACUAUUAUUAUUAUUAUUGAAUACAUUGAAAUUAGUUAUGUACUUAUAAGGAUUUCUAAGCUGAAAGUCUAUUUCAAUAGCACUCGACACUAAUUUUUAUACUUUCAGUUAAUUUAUAAUCAUUUCCCGUUAAGUUAGCUGCAAAAAUCACUAAUUUAUGACAAAUUUUACAGUUAAAAAAUUCAUGCCUACAGCAUAAAUAGAUAUUCUAUAUAAUGGUAUAAUAUAAUAUCAACAUAUUAGGAUUUUUUUUAUAAUAAUUAUUAAUGUCUGGGGAAAAAAAAUUAAAGAAACAAUUUAAUGGGCGUUUUUUUUUUAAGUUAAAUUUGUAGACCAUUUUUGUGUUUGUAUAGGUCAUAAAUGCAUUUUUCAAAUGCUUUACGUUGAUCAACACAGUGAAAUACGAUAUUAUUGUUCUAUCCCUAGUGUUAAGUUUCAUAAUGUCGGGUAUAUCUGCCGCGUGCCUAUAUUUCAUCACAUCUUCGACGCAGAACCUUGUGAUAGCAUCCGUGUUUGAAGCGCUGUCCAGCAUGGGCAUGAACUUAAUAUAUUGCAUCGCCAUCGAACUUUUUCCUACUGAAUACAGGUAUUUAUAUAUUAGGUAUUAUUAAUUAAUAUAUUAAUUAAGGUAAUUUUUAGGGGGGGGACUUCAGAUGACUGUAGAGGGAUAUUCCCUCUCUAACUCCUGAAUCUCCGGCUAUACUAUGGGAAGGGGGGAUUAUGUUGUACGGUAUGAAAUUCCGUUCAUACUUUCAUUUAGUAUAUGUAUUAACAAUUUAGUUUCCAUUUUUAGGGGCAUGGCCACGUCAAUGGGCUGUAUGUUUGGCAAAGUAGGCGGCGUAGUGGGAAACAUCAUUAUUGGCCUUUUUAUCGACGCGCAUUGUACAAUUCCAAUUGUGUCGUCAUGCUCGUUUUUAAUAAGUGAGUAUAUAAAGUUUUAAAAAUUACUUACUGUGUAAUCAAUAUGGCAUUGUGGUCAAAUUUAAAUAUACACGAAGUGCAUAGUUAUCAAAAAAAGUUACAUAUAUAAUUUGUUUGAUAUUUGUAGUACUUUUUUUUAAAAAUAAGGCAAUACUGAAAACAAAUGAUGAUUAGUAUAAGUAGGUACGUCAGUUUAAGGCAAAACUAUCUAUAGCACGUAGAGAUUUGAAAUGUACAGAACAAAUAAGCAGUAGUGAUGCAAUAUAAAUCCGGAUUAUCCGAAAAUUUUAAUUUCGGAUUCAGACAUUAAAUUCCUAAAAUUCUAAUUUUAGAUUACGAAGUUUGAUUUUCGAUUUUUUAUAUCUACUAUAAAUAUGUUUGUGUAUUUUUUAAAUCCAUCGUUACGCUCAUAAUCUAAAAUAUGUAUUAAAUUAUUUUUUAUAUAUAUAUAUAUAUAUAAAAUGUAUAAAAAAAAUGUUUGUAACAUAUUUGACAACGGAUUACGUCGCCGUCCUAUAGAACGCCGCCCUCAAAAUUACCAUCACUCACCCUCCCUAAAUAUGCCUCAGUGUAUAAUACUGUGUUUACAGGAAAAAAACCAAAACACAAAACUUAAUUGGUUAUUGCAGCGCAACUAGUCGACCCGAGCUCAAUUCAGAAUUUAUCGUUAAACUAAAUUAGCCCCACUAGAGAAAGGUUCAUUUUGGUGUCGACUGGUCACCUACAAACCAACAGUUAAAACGUUUAACAUUAGUUAACCGUUUUAAGAAAUAAUACAUAUUAAUUGCAUUGUUAUACGUUUAGUUGCAGGUCUUUUGAUAUUUACAUUACCGUCAAAAUCAGAUGAAAAUCGACCAGAAAUAAAAUCAUAAUUAUUAAAUAUUAUAGAACAUGUGAUAUUUUAAACUUGUAUUAUCGAACAGAUGUCGUAACUGUAUUUAUGUGUAUAUUUUAUAUUGUAUAAUAACCGUCAAAUUGAUUAACUACUUUUGUUAAUAGUUUUUAUUUAACGUUUUUUUUGCAAAAUCGAAAAAAUGUCUAAUUUAAUUAAAUCAGACCACCACUUUGAAGUGGUGGGAAAAAUCAAAUAUUUGUACCAUUCGAUUGUGAUGACCAUUGGGAAACCCUAACAGCAUUAUAAUACUCUCGGAAAGGUUGAAUAUAGAAUCACGGGCCCAUUAUGGUCGUAAACCGUCGAGAACCGCCGUUGGCACGGUUAAUAUAAUGCCUGUUUUUAGACCAGUCCUUCAAGAGUAUUCUUGAAAAGUAUGGGCUUGAAAAUGCCGAAUUUUUAGUCGAUAAUAAAAAAAAAAACGGGAAAGUUUAAACAGCUCCCAACAGGCAAUAUUAGUCUUCACCUGGGAUGGAAAUGGGCAGUCAACGGGCGUUUACCGGGCUAGUAAAUUUUGUUAGGAAACAGUUUUUGGUCCGGCGAAGCACGGUACAAGAGCUUUUACUUGAUAAAAUCCACAAAAAUACCAUAAUGUACUGACUAGACAGAAUAUUCUACCUGAAUCCUUCCCGGAUAUCAACGAUUGGCCACCCUUUUCUAAUUGAAAUUAUGUUAACACAAAUAAAAGCACACAUUAUACGCUACGCUCAGAAUUUAAAUAAUUUGCCUUUAUAUUAAACUCCGGUAUAUUAUUUAAAUAAGUAAUUAAAUAAUAAAUAACAAUUAAAGAAAUUUGGAAAUCAGGCUGCCCUACAAAAAGUUGUAAAAGUCCCUAGUUUUGAUAACUCCAAUUUUAUUAAUAUUAAAAGUCGAAGAAGUCAGAACUUUUAUGGAACUUGUUUUAAUGCACACAAUAUAUCACUUAAGCUUAAAAAAACGUCGUAAUAAAAAAUAAAAUAAAACCAAAGAUUAGGCAAAUUUGAUAGAAAAAAACUGAAAACUUGUAUUAUUCAAUUAUUCUUACCUAGACUUAUGACUGCUUAUAUUCGCUUAUAAGAUUUGCUUAUAUUUUUGUCUUUACACUAAAUCUAGUAGAGUGCUAUGGAAAUUUAUUAUUUCAGCAUUUAAAAUUUUAAAUGGCUUGUUUAUUUAUUCGGUUUUGUAUUAUAUUUUAUAUAGUCUUAAAAAACUGACUAAUUUAUAAAAUAGCCAAUAUAGGUACUUUAAAUAUGUAUUCUUUAUUAAAAUUGUUCUUGUAUUGUAAUAAAUAAAUUAAAAAUAUCUAUAAUAUCAAAAAAUUAAAAUAAAUUAAAAUAUUUGUUAAGACUAUUGUUAUAUUGUAGACUUAAUUUGUUGUUAACACUUUUUUUUGUCUCAGUUAAUUUUAACUAAAACUUAAUCUAAUAACUUUAUUGAAAAAUAUACGUAUAUGGUCAAACUCAUAAUCAUAACCUUUCUAACAGUUCUAACUUUUCUGAACUCUUAGUACGAAAAAUCAUAACAAUCAUCGAAACGAUAAUUUCUUUAAAUUUUAAAAUUUGUUACAAUCAUUGGCGGAAAAAAUCGUAUAAUAAUCUAAACCAUUAUUUUAUCUUUCUUGAAACGCGUCACGAAAAUCAGUGAACGAUCAUAUAAUAAUAUUUAUAAUUCUCGAAUCUCAAAAAAAAAAAAAAAAAAAAAAUAUUAUAAUAUUGACUUAUAUCAUAAGCAUCAUCAUAAUGUAUAGAUUCGAUGUCGGUAUGGUCGUCGAAAUUUAAUUGUCGUCCGGCAUGUCUUCUACGAUUUUGAGUUUCUG